CACCUCCUGGCAGAUGAAGCUCCAGGUGCUGAAGAGGUCCUCGAGAAAGAAUAUAACAGCAUCCACAAGGGACAGGUUCAGGUAAGUAAAAACUACCUUCCCCUGCCAUCCAUGAGCACUGAAAUAGCAGUCACCAUCUGGGACCUUUGCAAUGACCCCAACAAGUGACAGAGCUGCUUUAAAAGGUGAUCAAUGAAGCAAUGACUUUCAUGUCAUAACCAGCUUGGAUAAUUUAGAGCCCUCCAGUGAGGUUCACCAUAGAUACAAUGAUAUUGUACCUAUGAUCACAAAGAUCUCAGGGAAAUUUUUGAGACAUAGAUCUCUGUCUCCAUGCAUGAAUUCACUAUAUCACACAAAGUGCAACAUGUGUAUUGUAGUUGUGGCAACACUAAAUGGUUCUCCUGUUCUCACCUGUCACUCAGCUAUAGUAGACAUUCAAGCUAUGCUGCCAGAAUAACUCUCUUUGUCUAUACUGUGUGACACGGGGAAGGACAAUAGUUUUACAUGUAUACAUGGUAUGACUUGACUUGUGCAACAUCAGUGACACUCACUGGGAGAUAAAUAAUUCAAACCAUUAUACAAAGUUCUAAGCAAAAGAGACAGUGCUUGCAACUCUCAUUUAAUUUACAGAGUGUGUAUGACAAAACUGUCUGGGAGAGCCAUGAAAGAAUAGCCUUGAACCUUAUUAAAAAUAGCCAUUGUAAAAGCUUUCCUCCUAUAAUUGAAUUGACGAGGUAGUUGAACCUCUUGUGUUUAGACCUCUAGAGUUUGUGGAAGAAUACAUUGUUGCAAGCUCUAAGCCCCGCCCACUGGCACUGUGUUGUUGGCUGUGCAGAUGGCUUUUGGGUAUGUGGACUGUCACUGUCAUAUCACAGCUCAGGAGUUCAUGCAGGUAAAUCUAGGAGGUUUUUUGUUUGUUUUUAAAAUAAGUUCAUAGGAAUUAUUGGCACUCUUGCUGCUUUGGACUGCAUUUCCCAUUGUGCUCAGCCAUCCAUUGACUCACUGAGGAAGUGUAGUUGGUCCUAGCUGAAAUGCCAAUCACUAUUCUGGCCUGAAUACACAUUAUAGAUUACAAGGAUCUGACUUGUCAUUGCAGUAAUUACUAAUGUGGUAGUUUUGUAUGAUGUAUCAAACAAAACUUUGAGAAAUCAGUCUUAAACCCUGGGCUUUAGGGAGAAUAUUCUGUGAACAUUUUCAAAUCAGCAAAAAAUGUAUAUUAUUUGAAAAUUAUUUUAUAUUUUGUUCUUUUAAAUAUUUUAUCGGUGGUUACCCUCUGACCUAAGUUAAAAUGUUCCUGACUUGAAACCAGCAACAUUUUAUGAGGAUAAAUGAAAUCAUCCAUACAUGGUACAGAGUUUAUGGUGAUGACACAAUAUGUGUCAGCUGUGAUGAUAAGUGGUGGUAAAAAAUGAACCAUGUCAGCCCAGUGGGCAUUCUCGCUGGGUUGACCAACAGCCCAACAUGCCAGUUUCUAUGUGCCGACCUCCUAACUGUCCCAGACUUGUUGGAACAGACCCAAAUUUAAGAUCCUAUGUCACCGACCUUGGUGUGUUCUUUGGUGUCUCACUGCUGGAGAUACCAAAAUCAAGCCCCCAAAAAGUGGCACCAAAGUGCAUCAUUAGAUGUGCACAUUGCUGUGCAAAAUAAACUCCGAGCAUGUAGCCCAAAAUAGAGCACUUCAAUAGAACUCUGCACAUUUGGCUAAUUUGGCCAGGUCAGGCUCUCAUGGUGUCAUUUGCACUUCUGGCCCUUCUCAUCCCAUGUCCCUUAUUUACAAAUCCUGUUCCAGCCCAUACAGAACGACAAAAGGCUAGUAGGGGUAAAGAGUUUGUUCUAAUUUUGUCAGGUGAUUAUUUUUUCAUUCAUUUCCUAUUUUUACAUGCUGGGAAAGAUUGCAUAUUAUGUUAAACAGUAUGUAGCAUGUGUCAUGAGGAAAAAAUACAGACAUGCAUCACUUCAAUGAAUGGUCUGUGACAUUUCCCUGACUGACACCUACUGAGAUCCCCUGCCCAUUAUUAUUUCUGGAUAUCCCAUCUAUUGAUCACCACAGUCUAACUUGCAUCCUGGUUUCGAAGGACCCACCAUGUUUCUUUUAAUUUAAAAUGUAUCUGCGGAAAAUAUUUAUGCUUGAAAACAAUUGCUGGGGCUCCCAUGGUGAAGGGUUUGUCGUGCAGCUUUAAAAUGUUUGUCAUUUCAGGACACUGAAGAAGUCAUUGACAAUUCGAGGAAAGUGAGUAAAUUCCAGUCCAUUCAGUAUAUUUUCAUGAUGUCAAAAUACUUGAGAAUAAAUAGAUUUGUAUUUUCUUUCUCUAGAAUGGAGUGCAAGCUCUAGUUUGUGUUACAGAACAUUCGGGAGAGUUUGAAAGGCUGAUCAACCUUUCAGAGAGGUCUGUUUUUUGUGUUCAUGUGUAAAUUUGGAUUCGUAGUGUAUAAACUUUUGCUUUAGACAUUGGGCAGUUGCUAAGAUAGUGCCAUUGAAUCCAUCAUCUGCAAAACGUGUUUGAGUACUCAGGGUCUUGGGUUUAAUUCCCAGCAUGUUAAAAUAUACAGGUGACCAGUUUCUUGAGCCUACAGUUAAAUAUAUAGAAGGCAGCUCACGCAACCCAAACCAGAGUCUCUCUGUCCCGGUCCAAUUAAAAGUGUGUAAAAUGGAGGGAGGGUGUAGUUCCUUUAGGAAAUUCUCAAACAUAGAUGAAUAUGUAAAAUGAGAGGAAGACUGCGGCAAAAUAUAGUGUAGUAUUGUUGGUGUAAAUUAAUAAAAGAAAGAUAUUGCCAGGAACGACACAGGUACCCGAUACGCAGAAUGCAAAAUAGGAGAACGUAUACCGGGCCUUAGAAUGGCCGGACUAACGUAGGAAAGGACAGAGAAUAGUCAGGGACAAGCCGAGGUCGAGGGAGCCAGAAAACAGGUAAGCCAAUAAACAAGCCGAGUCAAAGGGAAGGAGAACACAGAAUAGUCCAAAUCAGAGCCAAGUCAAAUACCAACAAACCAAACCAGAGUAUGCACUAUAGGAACAAUCAAGCUGGAACCACAACAGGGCAAUGAUUAGAACGUUUCAGCGGGCCGUGACGUCAUCGACGUCAUGAAGUCGGCGCUCAUGCACCCCGUCCUAAAAACGGGCGGAGCUACCACGGCCAACGUCUGGACGGCCGAGAUGAGAGUAGGGAAUGUGAGGAGUGCCCCCAUCAUGUGGGAGAAGAUCCACAGGUUGGAUCCCUGCCUGGGCAGUAACCAUAGGUACCCUGACAGAUAUGCACUUACAGUGUGUGGAACUUAAAUUAGCUCUACUUUCAUGCGUUUGGGCAGCACUAUCCCCGCCUAGGGAUAUUUGGUGUGCUCUUUUUGAUCUAGUACGAAGUGUUCCAUAUGAUAUGUAAAAUAAGUAUAGAUAAAACCAAAUCUAGUGCAGCAUUCAUUUUAAGUACUGAGGUAAAAUUAAAAUAAAGUAAUACACUCACUCACAGAGUGGUACAAUCCAGACUUAAUGGUCGUAUUUACUUGCGGUGUAUGUGAGGGCUAUGUGAGGGGUGCAGUAAGUGUGGUGUAUUAUAUUUGCUAAAAAUAAACAAUAUAGUGCUCUCUGUUAUAAGUAAAAGAUAAUAAAAAUAUAAAAGAGUUACUCACGCCUGUGGAGUAUAAGAGUGUUUUGUUCAAUCUUCAGGGCUCAGGUGGUAUGUCUAACACCAAAGGGAUACAUUUUUUGGCUGCAAAUAGUCAGGGAAUGACCAGAGAUAACAUAACAUUUAAAAAAAGCAUGGGCGGAACCUGAUCCAGCACAAAGCGACAUCGGCGCUGGAUUCAGGUAAGUGACUGAAGGGGUUUUAACCUCUUCAGUGCUGAGGGAAGGUGGGGGGGGGGGGGGGGGCAUAGGAACCUAUAGUGUCAGAAAAAAAGGCUUGUUUUUCUGGCCCUAUAGUAUCCCUUAAUGAUAUAAUGUGAAAAACAAAAGUAUCAAAAUAGAUCUAAACUGAAUAAAAGAAAUGAACAAAAUUGACCUUCAGCCAAUAUACCAAAAAAGACAUACUUAACAUUAUUUUUUAAAUAAUGCUUGAAACUAUUUUAUUCUUUAGACGUUCUGUAUUAAGGCCUGCUCUUUCAUUUAAGGUUCCCUGACUUUGUCAUGCCGUGUCUUGGAAUACAUCCCAUUCAGAGUGAUACAGAGGGGCAACGCAGUGUGACAAUGAAGGUAAGUAAUUCGACAUUGGCUGAUGAUUACUGGGUACAUUCUAUCCCAGAUGUAUUACACUGCCAAUCACAAUUGCAGUGAUUGUCAUCAGGGCCGGACUGGGAAAAAAAUUUGGCCCGGGCAUUUUUUUAUCACAGCGGCCCACUAAGAAGGGUGGCGGGGCAGAGAGGGUGUGUUUUGUCAUCACUAAUGACAAACACGCCACUUGUCAAAGUGCAGGCCAGGGCAGACCAUGCGCAGAGCUCUGCUGAAGAGCUCUAGGAUGAGAAAAAAGCCCUGUAUUUGUUCUGCACAGCGCAAGCAAAUUUAAUAACAUGCUUGCACUGUGUUUCCUUGCAACUUGUCUCUGGUGUCUCUAUAAAUGGAUACCAGGAGACAAAAAUGCCAGGAAAGAGUAUUGUGCAAAUGCUUGGAGCCUGCUUGUGGUAUUUUGUGUGUGUAGAGUGAGCUGAUUGUGGUGUGGUAUUGUGUAAUAAGGUUGGUUUCAGUCGUGUUGUGUUUGUGGUGUAAUGUAAUGCAUAUGUGGAUAGGGGCUGUAGAGAAUGUGUAUAGGGGAUGUAGCAAGUGUGUGCAUACAGGCUAUAGUGUGUGUGUGUGUGUGUAUAGGUGAUGUAGUCAUAGGCGUGCGCAGCCUAUUGUAUAAGGGUAUGCACCCUAAAGCAGAAACACACGCCGUGUGUAUAUAUAUAUAUAUAUAUAUAUAUAUAUAUAUAUACAUACACACACACACACACACAUACUGCUGUGUGUGUGUGUGUGUGUGUGUGUGAGCGCUGUGUGUGUAAGGGUGCUGUUAGUGUGUGUGUGAAUGUGUAAGGGUGCUGUUAGUGUGUGUGUGCUUUGUGUGUGUGGGUGAGGGUGCUGUGUGUGUAAGGGUGCUGUUAGUGUGUGCUGUUUGUGUGUGUAAGGGUGUUGUUAGUGUGAGGGUGCUUGUUAGUGUGUAAGGGUGUUGUUAGUGUGAGGGUGCUGUGUGUGUAAGGGUGUUGUUAGUGUGUGUAUGUGUAAGGGUGCUGUGUGUGUAAGAGUGUUGUUAGUGUGAGGGUGCUUGUUAGUGUGUAAGGGUGUUGUUAGUGUGAGGGUGCUGUGUGUGUAAGGGUGUUGUUAGUGUGAGGGUGCUGUUAAUGUGUGUGUGUAAGGGUGUUGUUAGUGUGAGGGUGCUGUUAGUGUGUGUGUGCUGUGUGUGUGUGUGUGCUGUGUGUGUAAGGUUGAUGUAUGUGUGUGUGUGUGUGUGUGUGUGUGCUGUUUGUGUGUAAUGUGUGGGGUGAGGGCCGUUUAGUUAAUAUUCCCCCUCCCUUCUUACCUUAUGUAGGGAGGGGAGACCGUGCUGCUGCCUUCCCUGGUGGUCCAGUGGAGAGUGAACUCUAGCCCAAUCUGAGCAUUGCCGUGGUAACCGCGCGAGAGGAACCCGGCAGAGCUGCUGGCCAGAGCUCCCCCGUGUCCUCUCCUGCCUCCCUCCAUGCCUGUGGGCUGAUGAGGGAGAUCUUUGAUCUUCCUCACCUGCCCCCGGAGGGAGGCACAUAGCGCGUGCCGCAGGGAUUAGAGUGUGCCCAGGCACACCCCGUGUGCACGCCUAUGGAUGUAGUGUUUGUAGAGAGUAUGUGUUUAGGGGUGUAGUAUGUGUUUGCUUACAAGGAAUCUAGUGUGUGUAUAGGGGAUCAAGAGUGUGUAUGUUAGGAGUGUAGUGUUUGUGUGUGUGUGUGUGUGUGUGUGUGUGUGUGUAGAUAUAUAUAUAUAUAUAUAUAUAUAUAUACACAUACAUAUGUUUGGAAGUAUUGUGUAUGUGUGUGGUGCAGUGUGGUGGGGAGGUUCUGUGUGUAUGUGAGGGGUGCAGUAUGUGUAUGUGAUGGAUGCUGUGUGUGAGGGUGCUGUGGGUGAUUUGUGUGUGAGAGUGCGGAGUGUGAUGUGUGUGUGGGUGCUGAGUGUGAUGUGUAUGAUGUGUGUGUGAGGGUGCUGUGUGUGAGAGUGCUGUGUAUGAUGUGUUUUGUGAUAGUGCUGAGGGUGAUGUGUGUGUGUGUGUGUGGGUGCUGAGUGUGAUGUGUAUGAUGUGUGUGAGGGUGCUAUGUGUGAGAGUGCUGUGUAUGAUGUGUUUUGUGAUAGUGCUGAGGGUGAUGUGUGUGAGAGUGCUGUGUGUAAAUGUUAGGGAUUCUGUGUUAGAGGGGGUUAAAUAAACAAAUAAAAAAAUCUAAGCAGGCAUUAAACCCUCCCCCCUCCCCCCCCGUCUUACCUUUAGCAUGGGAGGGGGGGACCCGCACACUGCUAUCUGGGAAAGGGGGAGACCUGCACUCUGACAUCAUCCCUAGUGGUCCUAGUGGGUGAGUGAACUCUAUCUUGCGAGAGAAACCCGGCGGAGCUGCAAGAUAGAGCUCCGCCGUGUCCUCUCCUCUCCCUCCCCAGCCGCAUGUCUAUUCAAGUGGGCCGGUGUGGGAGAUCUUUGAUCUCCCCACCGGCCCUCCAUGGAAUACAGCAGGGCCGGCACUAGGAUCCUGCAACCUCCCCUGCCUGCCUCGGCCCAUGGCCACCGUGGCCCACCGGGCAUUUACCCGGUGUGCCUGAUGGCCAGUCCGGGCCUGAUUGUCAUUAUUCUUUGCUGUUCAUAUACAGUGCAAAUAUAUUCUAUUGUAAAAAUAGAGUAGAUAGCUGCACCUGCAAGUAAAAUAUAUAAACUCAGAAAUAGAUAUGCAAUAAACAAUUGUUAUGAAGUCUGUAUCCUGAUUCAUAGCAGAUAUGUCAGUCCAGUACACAUAAAAGUAUCAGUCAGAUGCAUAAAGCAGGCUAAAAAGAGAUACAAUACAGUCCAUACCUAUGAUUAUAUGAUAUCUCCUAGUAUGCAGCCAUAUGAAAUCGCAACCUAUGUGUCACAGAAUAUUGUAAAGUAUUGUUGGCAUUAUACUGCACCAAUUAGGUUAGCUGUGCAUUGUCACAUUUAAAUUAGCAACUACAUGCUCCUGUUUAAUGGGUGGGAGAAGGUAGAAUCACACCCUGGUAUAUGAUAUAUGCAGUAUAACUAUACAUGAUAAAACACAAACAAGGUUAUACACUAAAUUGAGAAUUCAAAGUGUAUUUCAAAUUUAAGGUCAAAGUUGGAAAAUGUGAAAAAUGUUCUAAUUCAGCUAUGCUCUCAGUUUGGUUACUCUGGCUUUAAGGGGAUACUAUAGUCACCAGAGCAACCACAGCUUAUUGUAUUUGUUCUGGUGAGUAUAAGCAUUCCCUUCAGGCUUUUUGCAGUAAACACUGACUUUUCAGAGUGCAGAAUGCAGUGUUUACAUUACAGCCUAGGGAUACCUCCAGUCGCCACUCCUCAGAUGGCUACUAGAGGUGCUUCCUGGGGCAGUGCUGCACAGUGUGACUGACCUUCAGUGUCUCCAUCCUCUGCAUGGAAACACUGAACUUUCCUCAUAGAGAUGCAUUGAUUCAAUGUAUCUCUAUGAGGAGAUGCUGAUUGGCCAGAGCUGUGUUAGGCUUGUGCUGGCUCUGCCCCUGAUCUGCCUCCUUGACAGGCUCAACCAAUCCUAUGGGAAAGCAUUGUGAUUAUCUCACAUAAUCACUUCUGAUGAUAUCAGCCAAGCAGACAGAUCAGGGGUAGGGCCAGCAGAUACAGACUGGAAUACAGGUGAGAUUUUACUAUAUUAAGGAAGGGCAGGGGAGCUAGAUGUUGGUUUUAACACUAUAUGGUCAGUUUUGUGUUAGAAUUAAUAAUGUUUGUUAUACUGACCCUAUAAUGUUUCUUUAAAUUAGAAAUGUGCUUUGAAUUCUUACUUUAUUGAAUAACCAUGAUGAUUGCUAAUUUCUGCAGUGCUUUGACAAUGAGUUAAUUGAUCAUAUAAUUAAGACAGUGCAACUGAUACAAAUGGAAUGGAGGGCUAUUUGUGCAAGAGCUUGCAAUCUAUAGCACAUUGAGCACUGUGGCCCCAAUUUAAUAGUUAGAUGAACUUGCCAAAGUAAUCAAUUUGGAUACAUUUCUAAAAUGAUUUUUUUUUCAGCUUCUUAAACUAUCAAAAAUAUAUAAAUGAUAUAUCAAAAAUGUAUCGAACAAUAUUAAAUCAUUUGGAAAUGUUAUCCAACAAUAUUAAAUCGAGGCCUAUGUGGCUUUUAAUGCUGCGUUAAUGGGGACAAAAUAAAAACAUUAUAAUUUCAACAGUUCUCAGGAUCUCCAGUGGCUUAUACUUGCAGAAUUUACAGUAAAUUUGUACAGGUGAAUCAAUGCAUUCUAGCUGGUAAAUAUUCUGGCGCAGGUGACCACGAAAAUCGACUCAGAAAUAAAUCUAGGGAUGUAAUGACACAGGAAGAUUGUCAUAAUUUGAAUGUUCAGGGAUAUAAAUGUUGAGGGAGUAUUGGAAAGAAAAACAAACUACUGAAUAGAUGAUAAAAUAAAUAGAGAAGUUAGAAUCUUAGAAGACUUCACGUCCGGUCAUAUAGGAAGGAUUAGCUGUUAUACAGUAGAUGCCCAUCACAUAAAAAUACAAUAUCAAUAUUGCUUCCAAAGUAUCGUUCUGCAGGAUGUAAUGAGAACAGGAUGUGUCUGUAUUACACACAUAGCAGGAAGGGUACAGAGUAAUGGAAUUUUCUCCACCCAAACUCUGCUAUAGCAUAGAAUGUCCUGUAACAGCUUACUGUGAAAUAAGUUUAUUCUUUUUAUUUUAUUGUUACUUUCAAAUUAAGAUAAGUGUAUUGAAUUUCAAUCUGCAUACAUAUUACCAAUAAUUUUCCAAUAAAUAAAGAGGAUUGUAAAUAAAAAUAAUAAUAAUAAUAAUUCUUCGGGUUUUUUUUGUUUGUUUUUUUACAAUCAAGUUAUAAAGUAAUCAUGAAUCAUAAACAUCUUUGAGAAUGCAUAAAAUAGACAAGCCAGUGAUGUUCGUAUAAUUAAAAUGACGUUUCGUUAUAAAGUUUGCCUUUUAUAAGUGGAAUAAAAAUUCCUUCUGAUAGCUAGUAUGUCAUAGAGCAAAGAAACUCCUGGGUUUAUUCUCUAAACAAUUGACUGUGGUUUUCUUUUUCCAUCUCUAUUUUUCUUGGCUUACAUUUUGCAAGUUGAAUGGCAACCCACUAUUUAGUGGAUAAACCCCACAGUAAUUAAAGGAAUACUAUGGGGUCAGGAACACAAACAUGAGUACCGCUAUAUAUACAUAUGCAUUUUUGGGGCCAUGGAGUCUCCCUGUUACACUUUCAGCAGGACCUCUGUUCUCACAACUCGCAAGAGUGUUACCGUGGGUUGCUAGGGCAACGCUCUGUGCGGCACCUAGUUAAUGCGGGAGCAUUCCCACGGCAACCCGCAGCAAUGCUCUCGCGGAUCACGAGAACAGAGGACCUGCCACUGCUGUAGGAGAAACAUGGAGACUCCAGGGCCCCCUCUUCACAAGAGAAUACGCUGUGCAACCGGACCACCACGAAAUCCAGUGUCCCCCCUUCCUGGUCACAGGCAAGAGGCAGGGAGGGGGGAAUAAACCCAUAAAAUACAAACUGCCUACCCCCCUCAGGACUAAUCAAACACAUACACUACAUGCACUACACAAACACACACACACUGCAUCCACUAUAAACGUACUGCAACCACUAUGUGUGUCUGUAUGUGUGUGUUUAUGUCGGUAUGUGUGUCUGUAUAUGUGAGUGGGACCAUAUAGAGAUUAAUAUAAUAAGUGGUUACAUACUGUACUACUCUAAAGUCUUCUUUCUUAUAUUUCCUACAGGUGUCUUAAAGUGAUAACCUGUGGUAAUUUUAUACAUUGAGUGCUCUCACUGUUUUUAGAUUGUAAACUACACACAAAUACACCACUGCAUUCAAAUGCCAACACUACAUACAAACACACCCUUUCAUUCACUAACACACCCCCUCCCACACAAAACAUGCUUACAUUAAAACACACAAACACUAAAUAUAUUAAAAACAUUUUGCGGGUCUGUUUUAAAUUUUAAAGUUGAAAACUGUCUGAAAAGAUAGUGUUUACUGCAAAAAUCCUGAAAGGACUGACUAUACUCACCAGAACAAUACAAGCUGUAGUUGUCCUGGUGACUAUAGUGUCCCUUUAAAUACUCUGGUACAUGAUGAAAUUUGCCAUUGUAUAUAAAUCAUUGUGCCAGCAAUGCACUGUGAAAUGUUAUGCUGUCCGUAAUUACAUGUGAGUUAAAGAUUUAUGGCUAUUUUAAUGUUUUUAUAUCCAUGCAUAUUUCAUGUCCUUUUCCCUACUUUAUGGAAAUUGUUACUGGAGGCGCGAUAUCAUGUCAAAUAUCCAAUCUGUCAUGGAUUUUUUUGUUUAGCAGGUACUAUGUUUUUUUCAAGUACCUGGCAAGUAUUAAAGAGGAAUUGAUUUGUUACUAAUGAGAUUUUAGCACAGCCUUAUAACUAAGUAAAAUGUAUCUGUAGGUGGAAGUUUCACCUUAAAGUCAAUUUUUCAUAAUUUUGCAGGAUUUGGAACCAGUUCUUGCACAGUUUGAGAAGUACAAGGACCAGCUGGUUGCUAUUGGAGAGGUAUUGCGUUAUAUACAUGGCAGUCAAGGAUAACCUGGUCAGUGCAAUUGCUUAUGAACUAAACAGACUGACAAAACAUUGCGGGAAUUGAAGUUCAUGAAUAAUGUGGGGCAAGCUGAGCUAUCAGAGAAAUGUGUCACUAACGUAAAAGGUUUGCCAAAGAGUUUUCUAAAUGACUCACAAUGUGUGCAGUAUUAAAUCAUUUGCAGCAAGUCUUUUUUCCCCUAUUCUAGAAAUGUUUCCUUUCUCCCGUGCAGUGUAAUAUUUCCAGCUCUGAUAGCUUUCUCUUGUGAAUUUUGAAGGAUAUAAUUCAAUUGAUGUAGUCUCCCCUCCUUUCACUUUUUUUUUCUCCAAUUGGUGUUAUUUUUUUUUUACUGCUAUAAAAUGUAUCCCUUAUCCGUGCACGUUACAUUCUAUGAUAUAAAAGAUGGUUGAAAUAACAAUGAUAAAAGGGACAUUAUAGGCACCCCGACCACUUCAUCUUAUUGAAGUGGUCUUGGUGCAGUGUCCCUGUCCCCUUAUUCCUGCAAUGUUUACAUUGCAGUGUCAAGACUGCCUCUAGUGGUUGACAACCAGACAGCCACUAGAGAAGCUUCCUGCAGAUUCACGGAGUUUGACUACAGAAAAACCCCAUAGUAAAGCAUUAAGUCACUGCUUUCCUAUGGGGAAGGCAUAAUGCGCUUGCGUUGCUCACCGCGCUUGCGCAUUGGGUUCCACCCUUUGGCAGACGCUGAAGGAGGUGGAACCCAAUCCAGUGCCGAUGUCCCUCGAGUAAAUGAAAAAAGUAUUUUUUUAACCCUCUACAUUGCCGGGGUGGAGGCAGAGGGUUUCUGUAGUUCUAAGAAUACACUUUGUAUUUCUAACACUAUAGUGAUGUCCAAUGUUACUAUGUUGCGUUUCAUGUUUCUGUACAGAUUGGAUUAGAUUUCACUCCAUGGCUCGCCCCCACCCAAGAACAAAGAGAUGAACAGUUAAAGGUUUUCAAGAUGCAACUGGACAUUGCCAAACGAUUGGACCUUCCUGUGUUAGUAAAUAUAAACACUGCUAUCCAAGCCAGAUAAGCUGAUAAAUGAUAAACUGUGGAAAGUUUAUUUCCUUAUAAGAGAUUUACAAAGGUUCUUCAAAGUGCAUUAACUUUCGUCCACAUGUGGCAUAACACGGUGCCUUUUACAUCCAUUGUAGCAACCAUAAUUAUUGAUUUCACCAGUAUGACAACAGCAACGAACUAAGGGCUAAUACCAAAUCAUAGAAAUAAAAUAUUAUUGCUACAUUUGGUAGCGCUAUGUAUGAAUUACUUUUUAUUAUCUAUUGAGUGACAUCAUGUGUGAGGUAUACGUGUGAGCUUUUUUCAAAGCUCUCCAGGGUGUGUCCAGUUUAGUUAAAACAGGCAGGGCAAAAAAACGCUUCACCCAAAACGAUUUAUAAUAACCCAACUUUUUUUUUUUUUUUUUUACAAUCUCAGAAACAUCCAUUCUCGUUCAGCCGGGAGGCAAACAAUUGCUUUUCUUAAGGAACAAGGUAAGAACAUUGCAAAAUUAAAUGGUAAAUAUAGAGGAUGGUGGUACAAAAUAGAAAAAAAUCUUCUAACUCGAAAAUUAUGUUCUAAAAUUUACAGUUCUUUUGAAAAUUCCUUACAAUUGAAAGUUGAAUAACAUUGUGGCUUAACUUUUGCAAACUCAGUCAUUGACUCACACUUAACUGAGUAAGCCCCACAAUGUUUACGUGAUGACAUUGUCUCCUGUUUUCCUUACAGACGUUCACAAGGUGUUGUUACAUAACUUUGCCGGCCGGCCCUCGGUGGCCCUAGAAGGUGUGCAUGCUGGAUAUUUUUUCUCUUUCCCUCCCGCUAUCACAAGGAAUGACCAAGUAAGACAAAAGCCUGACUGGUGUUGAUGUGGAUAGCUCACCUUAGUAAAAUGUAAAAUCGAAUGACAUCAUCAUUGUUCCUAUCACAGUGUAACCUUAACAGAGUUAUUACAAAACAAAAAAAGCGAUACCACACUCCAACAAAUGUAAUGAAAAAAAGUGUAAUUUACUUGUAUAGCCUUGCCAACAUUGGUCAGGUCCAGAGAUGUAUAAACAUAAAUACAGGCAAAACAAUCCAUAUAAAGUCCACUAUAUACCACUAUCCUAAUGCGCAUAAGGAAAUAGUAAUACAAAAAGAAAUACGAUCUCAUCUUGUAUAGAUAACAUAAUAUGACUACCUGCACUAGUACAUAUGAGAGACUGGGCUAUAGAAGAUCAGAGGACUAGAUGUACUGACCACCAAGAGGAAAGUGCAUGAAAUAUAAAGGGCCAAAUGCCUCAAAUACCAGUGUGUAAGAUGAAUUAAAGUGCAUAGUCUACAAAACAAUAUCUAAUUAUAAAGAAAUAAUACAAGAUAUGAAAAUGUAAUGUAAACAUGACAUAAUCCCCAAUAAUGUGGUCUAGCUAGAACUACAAAGGGCAGAAAAAUCAAGCCGCAUUAUUCCACGGGUUCUGAUCAUACACAGCAAGGUUAUAGUAUAAAAUGCCUAACAUAGACUGCUAAGUCCUAAUAAGCAUAGGUGAGAUCCAUAAAUGAUGUCUGUAGAUAUCCUGCGGUAUUCUUGUUGUAUAGGAAAAAUUUAAAAUGAUAUAACCAAAUGUAAAUGUAAAAAUAAAAAAAUGAAAAAAAAGAGAAAAAAUAUUGCUAGCACAAACAAAACAAAAAAACAGAAACUGAAAAAAGGGUGUUAUAUAUACAAAAACUCAAAGUCUCUAUGAGGAUAUAGAUAUGAUCUCACCCAUUCUGAAGUAAAGGAAGACGCUGGCCAUAUAUAACAGUAAAAAGUUAAAAGCCGAUCAAAGUGAUAGAUGGCCGAAAUCCAAUCUAAUCAGCCUGUGUAACCAUCUGUGUGGUGAGAAGUAUGGUCAAGUUGUACAGUCGAGGGAAUAUCAGGUGGAUCCGGGGCUGCAUGCCUGGCAUAUUUUAUCCCUUUCAUGGCCCUGAACUGAAAAUUGGACAUUUUAGGCAAAAGAGCUGAAUCCGAAAAUGUUCCCAACUCUGCUGUUUUGCCCUAUAAUAUGCAGUUCACUUGCCAAUUCAUCAUUGUUCCUGGUUUUACGGGAUAACACUGUUUGUCAUGUCAGUAUCAGAUCGUGUGCUAUACAGGGUUUAAAAAUUUUGACUGUCUGUUAUAAUUAUUUACUAUAAGCAAAGCUUGGCUCUGUUCCUGAAGGGAGUAAAAACCACACUUGCCUGGGUGCCACUCCACGUUCUAUGUAAGAAUCUCAAAAGAUGGGUGCACUCCCAGGUCUUGAUACAUAUGGAUUUAAUGGUAUUCCAAGUUAAGAUCUAUGUUUCAACCAAUUCUGGUUGUUUUCCAGAUCCUAUUAAGAUCAUUUUCCUAUAUAUUAUACAUAGUGUGUCCUCUCAUUCGGUUAAACCUCACACUACAUGUAAAUACUCUCUUAAGCACUGCACCAAUCAUUAAAACAGACUUCCAAAGACUGAGAAUUUUAUUAAUUUUUAUUUAAUUAUAGUUCUCAAGAUAUGUUCUCAGCAGCUACACAGUUCAUGUUAGUGUAAUGGAUUAAUGUACAUUUGCCAUUAAUGUGCUUUAAAGAGGAUUAGAAGAGGUGUGUACAUUAAAUUGGCAUCUGAUGUCUCCCAUAAUAAGGGAAAUGUCUCUGAAGGUGCUGUGGAUGAAUCAGAAUUCAUUUUAGGAAAUAAUGGAAGGAGGGUGUAGUAAGACAAAAAAUAAACAGGACCGGCAUGUACAAUGCAGACAGGGGCAACUCUGCAUUUAGGACAAGCAAUAUGAGCAUGAAAUAAAAUGAAUUAAUUAUAAUAUAACAGACAAUCAGCAAGUUCCUGGAGUAAAAAUAGGAUAUUCAAUGAAUAAUGUCAUACCAGGGUAGACAGUUAUAAAGGAAUUACUAUUGAUGGAAUGUUAAUUCUUCAUAAUAAUAAUGAUAUUUUUUUAUUUUGGUACACACCUGUACAUUUGUAACAGUAUCUAUUUUACAAAGAGUUGAAUGCUAUGUGUACUUUUAUUUUUCUAUACAUUUUAGAGAGCAAAACUAAUCAAGCAGAUUCCCCUGGAGAAUAUUUGUUUGGAGACGGACUCUCCAUCCCUGGGUCCAUGUAAAGAGGUAUGGGUGUGUAGGAUUGCAAGUUCCUUUAUUCCUGUAUGGCUUGGCUUAAGCUAAGAGAUCCAAAAUUGCUACUGGAUUCUCUUUUGUAAAUGGUCAUGUAAUGCUUUAAUUAUCUGAAAGGUUGGAAUUUUGUGCUAAUUUCAAAGAAAUAUUGACAUCAAUUUAAUUUCCAUUACUGCAGCCCAAUAAUAUAGCAUUGUAUGCUUGGAUUUUUUUUACAGUCAUACGUCUUUAUGGUGCUUUAGAAAAGAUAAUAUCAUAGUAUUCUAAAAGGAUGUAUACUUUGUAAAUUUUUCAGAUUUUUAUAUAAUUGACUAUAGAAUAUUAUUGUUACCCAAGUCAGUAGUUCUCCUUUUAUCAAUCUCAGAAGGAUGACAGGCCAAGGGAAAUCUGUCGAGAAAUGAGCAUGCACCAACAUUAAAAACAAAUGUGUUUAUUUCUAAAGCCGGAGAGUUCCUUUGGGGUUAAAUUUAGGGUGCACCACAGAUUAAAAAAAAAAAAACAAUAAGUAAAAUAAAAGGUAUAUAUUUUUCCAGCAGUGAGGUCAUCUUGUUGCUGCUCCGUUGCAUCCACUGGAGAUCAUCAAUACUGAUGAUCUUUGGGCCACUCUAAUGCGCCAUAGGCGGUACCUAAUGCACAUGUGCAGAGAACGCUGCAUGCACAUUGACCUUCCCCAUAGAAAAGCAUUAAAAUCAAUGCUAUGGGGGGAUUUAAAUACUCACAUGCACAGCGUGAGGACAUCCAGCAUGGUUUCACUGAGUUAAACUCUGUGUAACAGCAGGAAGCUCCUCUGGUGGCCAGUAGAGCCAGUGUUUAUCCUGCAAUGUAAAUAUUGCAGUUUCUUUAAAACUGCAAUGUUUUACAUAGCAGGGCUAAGGGGACAGCGAUGAGAUGAAGUGGUGUGAGUGCCUAUAUUUUCCCUUUAACAUUGGUGCAUGAAUCAGAUGAGAUGGCAUUCACAUAGACAUGAUACAUUUUUAUUACAUCAUUUGUAUGCAGUAGUUUAGAAAACACACUGUAAAAUGAUUUGGAUUGCGAAAUAGCCGUUUGGAAACUGCCUUUUAGUUUUGUGAAGGGCACAUUGCCAUUUGUUUCUUGGGUAAUGCUGAGAUUCAGUGACCUUUAAAUAUCGAUUUUGAGAAGGCGCUGUAAAUUCACAUGUAUUUUUUAUUACACUCUGACUUGUAAAAUCCUGUGCAAUUGAACUCAAACUAACCCUUAAGCACUGGAUUCUAUCAUAAUUAUUUGGUUUGUGAAAGCCUUUGUCCAAAUAUUUCACAAGCAACCAAGACUGACAGAUUACACAGUGUGCUUUCCUGCACUGCUACAAUUAUAAAUAUAAUGUGGUAAUCAGUAUCAUUUGCGGUAGUCAUUACUACUGAGCAGAUGUUAAAGGCAAAGAUUAAAGUUGGAAACUUGUUGAUAAGGUCUCUCCUAUAAUAUCUACUGGCUAUUGUGAUUAACUACCUCAGUUAUUUAGCAACAAGAUUGCAAACGGUUCUAAUCAAAAUAUGAAACGUUUUCCAGGGAUCAGUGAUCCAAAUAAUUUUUCACACAUCAAGGAUUGAAAUUUGAGCACUGAUGUAACACUGCCCCAAUACAUAUUAUGCUGGUUCAAAGAAAAAAAAAAGAGAUAGGAAAUGGGCCAGGGCAUACAUAAAUUAUUGUUUCAGGAUUAGAAACCUGUUUGGCAAUCAACACAUCACAGAACAUGGCACAGAUGCUUUUCUUUCUAAAAUGUCCCUUAGUACACUGGAAAGCAGGGAUAAAAAUUAGAAUUGCAUUGUCAAUUCAUUCAUUGCUUAAAAAAAUGAGAGUGACUGUUGCUUUAAUUGUGAAGCCUGGUGCUUCUUAGAGCUCUUGAAUGCAGUUUGAGUUGUGGUGUAUCACGUUUACGCUAGAAUUCCAGGAUCUCACCCUGUACUUUGCUUUGAAAAGCUUGCCUUCAUAUUAAUUUGAUUCAUUUCUUUUCUCCAGAAGCGGAAUAUUCCAUCCAAUAUUUGCAUUCCCUGUGAUUAUAUAGCUUCUGUGAAAGGUCUUCAACCUGACUCAGUCCGUGAGGUGACCACACAGAACGCCAUGCGGCUUUUUCCAAAGAUGUAUCACAAAUUAAAAACCUAGUUACUUUGAUCGUGUCCUCGGAACAAAAUGAGUUAAUGAUAAAAUGUGUCAUCAAUCUUAAUAUUGUAUAUUCUUCGUGUUGCAUGCCUGGCUAAAUAUAAUGCAAAUAAAUCAAUACAAGAGUUUUCAUUUUAUAAUAAUAUAUAGUUAUAUAGUUACAUAGCUGAAAAGAGACUUGCGUCCAUCAAGUUCAGCCUACCUCACAUUUGUUUUUUGCUGUUGAUCCAAAAGAAGGCAAAAAAACCCAGUUUGAAG